AACACUGCAAAUAAAAGCCUGGGGAACCAGUACCAGUUUGGAGACCAGCAGGAGGCACUGGGAGUCUGCUGUUUCUGCUGAAGCUGAUGCCCAUGGCACCGCGUGUUCUGCUCUUCUGCCUGCUGGUCCUGGCAGUCACUGAAGGCCAUUGUCGGGAGGCAGCCAUCCCAGGCUGCCACUUGCGCUCCUUCAAUGUAACAGUGCGAAGUGACCGCCAUGGCACCUGCCAGGGCUCCCAUGUAGCACAGGCCUGUGUAGGACACUGUGAGUCCAGCGCCUUCCCUUCCCGCUACUCCGUGCUGGUGGCCAGUGGCUACCGACACAACGUCACCUCUAUUUCCCAGUGCUGCACCAUUAGCAGGCUAAAAAAGGUGAAGGUGUGGCUGGACUGUGUGGGGAACCAGCAGGGGGAGCUUGAGAUCUUCACUGCCAGGGCCUGCCAGUGUGAUAUGUGCCGCCUCUCCCGCUACUAGUGCCUGAAUGGCUCAGGCUCCAGUCCUGACACCGUAUGCUAUGGAUCUCUCCAAUGAAGGGGCAACUUCAGCUCUGCCCCUCCUUAGAGUCAGUGACUAUGACCUCCUUUUACCUGGUCUAUAAGCAGUCUCAUUG